GAAUGUUGAUGAAACUACAAAAUAUGCAGGCUGAAAUGCUGAAUUGUGUUGUGUUGUGUCGGGUACGGGUCCCCAUGGGUAUUUGGUACCCGGUCGGGAUGGGUAUGGGAAGAUUUUCGUGCCCGAGAUCGGGUUCGGGUUCAGGGAUGGGGGCGGGUCUGUGUUCAUGGGUACGGGUUUGGGGAGUUAAUCCCCGGUGGGGAAUUCUCCAUGGACUCUAGCUCUAACGGAUGUCAUGUUUUACAAAAAUUCAUCAAACGAUUAUAGAACUAGAUCUCUCAGGUCCUAAAUAUAGUAUCUAUAUAACAAAGCCCUAUCCUCGUUCUGUACAUUAUUCCUAACCAUUUAUUUUCUAAAUAACAUGAUAUAUUUUCUAAUAAUAUGAUAUAUAGAUUAACUAUCGGGUUGCAAACAUUUUUAUGGUAUUAAACAUUUUAAACGAGGUAUUAUUUUAAUUUUGAGGACUCAAAUAUAUGACUGCAGACGACUCCGAUAGUCCCAGUAGACGACUGAGCACAGCCACGUGAUCACGCCAUGGACGCCGCUGUCGCGCCGCUCCUCGCAGUCGCCGUCCUUCUCUUCCUGGGCCUCCGGCGGCGCGGGGGCCACCGCAACCACUGCCCCUACCCGAACCCCGUGCUCGGCAACGUGGUGCCCCUGGUCCGCAACCUGCACCGCUUCCUCGACUGGGCCACCGACCAGCUCACGGCCGCCCCGUCCUCCACCAUAGAGGUGCGCGGCGCGCUCGGCCUCGGCCGCGGCGUCGCCACGGCGGACCCGGGCGUCGUCAACCACAUGCUGCGGGCGAGGUUUCCCAACUACGUUAAGGGCGCGCGCUUCGCGGGGCCCUUCGGCGACCUCCUCGGCAGCGGCAUCUUCCUCGCGGACGGCCGCCUGUGGAGCCUCCAGCGCAAGCUCGCGUCCUACUCCUUCUCGUCCCGCUCGCUGCGCCGCUUUUCGGGGCGCGUCCUCCGGGGCCACCUGCACCGCCGGCUCCUUCCUCUUCUCGCGAGUGCGGCUGACUCCGGCGAGGCCGUUGACCUGCAGGACGUGCUCAAGCGCUUCGCCUUCGACAACAUCUGCGGCGUCGCGUUCGGAGUCGAGGGCUCGACGCUGCUCGAGCUCGAGGAGGCCGGCGGCCGGGGCAGGGGACGACCCCGCCGGCACGACACGUUCUUCGAGGCGUUCGACGCCGCCGUCGAGAUCUCCUUCGCGCGCAUGCUCCACCCGACCGCCGUCGUGUGGAAGGCGAUGCAGCUCGCUGGCGUCGGAAGCGAGAGGCGGCUCCGCGAGGCCAUCCGCAUCGUCGACGAGCACGUCGCGGCGAUCAUGGAGUCGGAGGAGCGGUCGCGCGGCGUCGGCGACGGAGGCGGCUGCGACGAGCAGCACCUUCUGUCGCGGUUCGCGGCGGCGAUGGAGGAAGAGGAGGGGAGCGAACUCGGCGCCAUGUUCCGGUCGCCGGAGGCGAAGCGGCGGUUCCUGCGGGACAUCGUCGUCAGCUUCGUGCUCGCCGGGAAGGACUCCACGUCCUCCGCGCUCACAUGGUUCUUCUGGCUCCUCGCCGCCAACCCGCGCUGCGAGCGGCGCGUGUACGAGGAGGUGGCGUCGCUCUCGCUCCACAGAUAUGGCGUCGACGACGAAGGCGGCUACGACGAGCUCAGGGGGCUGCACUACCUGCACGCGGCGCUCACCGAGGCGAUGCGGCUGUAUCCGCCGGUGCCCAUCAACUCGAGGGUGGCGGCCGCGGGGGACGUGCUGCCGGAUGGCACGACGGUGCGCGCCGGCUGGUUCGCGGACUACUGCGCGUACGCGAUGGGGAGGAUGCCGCAGCUGUGGGGCGACGACUGCCGCGAGUUCCGCCCCGAGCGGUGGCUCGAUGGCGGAGGCGAGUUCGUGGCGGUGGACGCGGCGAGGUACCCGGUGUUCCACGCCGGCCCGAGGGCGUGCCUCGGUAAGGAGAUGGCGUAUGUGCAGAUGAAGGCCGUUGUGGCCGCCGUGGUCAGGAGGUUCGCCGUGGAGACGGUGCGGGCGGCAAGCAUGGAGGCGCCUCCGCCGUACGAGAUGACGGUGACGCUGAGGAUGAAGGGCGGGCUGCCUGUGCGGAUAAGGAGGCGGGAGAGCGACGCAGGCCGGCACUGAUGAUGACAGGAAGCCGAAGCAGAAAAGGCCGGCUAUCAUGAUUCAUGAGAGGAAGACAGAGAGAUGGAGUAUGCAAGCAACAAAGCAACACACAUCGCAAUGGUCAGCCGAGGAAUCGGAGAUUUAAAAGAGACAUUUUUCCUGAAAAUUACUGUAAAAUAUUCCCCCCAUCUAUCCAAAACAAUGAUGUAAUUCUUACCUCUCAAGAAGCCAAAGUUUUUAAAUUUAAAAUAUGGAAAAAGCUAACAUUUACGAUAAUAAA